AUGACUCACUCAACACAUUUACUGGUCUACCCCUUUUCUAGCUCCGGUCAUAUCAUCCCCUUACUCGACCUCACCGACACCCUCCUCCGCCGUGGCCUAACCAUCACCGUCGUCAUCUCCCCUCUCAACCUCCCACUACUUGACCCUCUCCUUUCAUCCCACCCCUCUUCUCUCUACAAGCUUCUCUCCCCUGAUCCCGAAAUCAACCUAUCAUCUCAUCCCCUUAUCAGCAAAGUAAUUUCCACUCAGAAGCAGUUCGACCCCAUCGUUAAAUGGUUCAGAUCCCACCCUUCGCCGCCGGUAGCCAUCAUCUCUGACUUCUUUCUCGGGUGGACUAGUGAACUCGCUUCCCAACUUGGCAUCCGGCGCGUGGUGUUCAACCCUUCAGGUGUUUUUGGUAUUUCCAUUAUUCAAACCAUGUGGCGUGAUGCGGCAGAGAAUAACACCUAUAAUAGUGUCGACAAAGAUGAUAACUCCUUGGUUUCUUUCCCGGAAAUCCCUAGCUCGCCGGAGUUUCAAAUGUGGCAGUUGCCAACAGUCUCACGUAAUUUUAAAAAAAGAGAUCCGGAUUAUGAGUCUUUCAGGAAAGGAAUGUUGGCUAAUAUGACUAGUUGGGGGUCUGUGUACAACACAUUUGAAGACUUAGAGAAAACCUACAUGGAUCACAUGAAGAAACAAAUGGGUCAUGAUCGGGUUUGGGCCGUUGGCCCAUUACUUCCUAAAGAUGGUACCGCUCGUGGCGGGGCAAGUGCGGCGCCACCUCAUGAGCUACUCACGUGGUUAGACAACAAACCAGAUGAGUCUGUUGUCUAUAUAUGUUUUGGAAGCCGAACCACAUUAAACGAGAAGCAAAUGAGUGCAUUAACGGGUGCACUUGAGCUUAGCAAUGUUAAUUUUAUUUUAUGUGCAAAAGGAAGUGAUUCGGCGUUUAAAGAACGGGUGGGUGAUCGAGGGUUCAUAGUCGAAGGGUGGGCCCCACAGUUGGCCAUAUUGAGACAUCGGUCUGUAGGGUCAUUUGUGACUCAUUGUGGGUGGAAUUCCACGUUGGAAGGAAUUUCAGCGGGUGUGAUGUUGCUGACGUGGCCAAUGGGUGCUGACCAAUAUGCAGAUGAGAAGUUAUUGGUUGACGAGUUGGGUGUUGGGAAACGAGCUUGUGAGGGUGAACCCGAUAAUGUACCUGACUCGGUUGAGUUGGCUCGAUUGUUGGAUGAGUCGUUGAGUGGGGAGAUAUUGGAACGAGUUAAAGUAAAGGAGCUAAGUCAAGCAGCUAACAAGGCAGUCAACGGAGGAACGUCGAUAAGGGAUCUGGAUAUGUUCGUUAAGCUUAUAUGUGAGCUCUAA